UUUUAUCGGAAACAACUCAUGCUAGAUUAUAUUGUAGCUACACAUGAUAAAACUUUGGUCUCACUUAUUGAUGGAGUGGUCAUGGGAGGUGGUGCCGGACUAUCCAUGAAUGGAAACUUUCGAGUUGUGACCGAGAAAGCGGUAUUUGCAAUGCCCGAAGCAGCUUUAGGAUUUUUUCCGGAUGUAGGUGCUUCAUACUUUUUGUCUAGGCUGCCAGGUUUCUUCGGAGAGUAUUUGGGCCUCACUGGUGCUCGGUUAGGUGGGGCAGAGAUGGUUACAUGUGGCCUUGCUACUCAUUUUGUCCUUUCCAAGGAUUUACCUUCAUUGGAAAAAGAGUUGGAUGGAGUUAAUUCUAGAGAUCCAUCUAUCGUGUCUAAAGUCAUCAAUAAGUUCAUUGAAGAGCCAUCUAUCAAAUCUACUUGUGCUUUUAGAAGCAUGGAUAUCAUCAACAAAUGUUUCUCAAGAAACACAGUUGAAGAAAUAUUAGCAGCAUUGGAAAAUGAGGCUAAGAAUGGACCAGAUAGUUGGAUUGUGGCAGCAAUCAAGUCUAUGAAAGCAGCAUCUCCAACUAGUCUUAAAAUAUUUCUUAGAUCGAUCAGGAAAGGACGGGGGCAAGGCCUAGAUCAAUGCCUAAUUCAUGAGUUUAGAAUGGCUUCUCAUGCUUUUCGCAAAACAGUGAACAAUGACUUUUAUGAGGGUUGUAGAGCAAUAUUGUUUGAUAAAGAUAAACAACCAAAGUGGGAGGUUUCAAAACUAGAAUUGGUCACAAAUGAAAUGGUGGGUCAAUUUUUCACCAAAGUGGAUGAUGAUGAUUGGGAAGAUCUGCAGCUUGAUGCUAGAUCUGAUGAUGCCAACUUAUUCAAAGCAAGACUCUAAUUUUAAUCCAUAUAAUAAAGAAUAAAAAUUG